CCUGGUGCCAAAAUUGAACGAUAUUUAGGAAAUUUAAAUUUUUUUUUUCAUUCGUGAAAGCACGUGUAUUAGAGAAAGCGGUGGUCUAAGUGGUUUUGUUCAUUGUUUUGUUGCCGAGGUUAUGGCUAUAGUGCGUGCACAUGUAACAGCACUUGGUGGAAAUGCAAUGGUAGCUUAUUUUAUGAAUGAAUGUAUUUUACUUAACAAUCCUCAUAAAAAUCAAGGACAAUGUCUUCUAAAUGUUGGAGGUGAUGUAGUUGAAGUAUCAUACUUUAAUGAUGAAUAGAUAAUUCAUAAUAAAUUGAUUAUAAAUUCAUAAAAUUGGCAUUAUUAUACAUUUGCCCAAAAAUAUU